AACCCUUAAGAAUUAUAUCCGAUCAACUUGGCUUGACAGAUUUUCACUAAAUAUGUUACUUGCAAAUAGGAUGUGUACCAUCUAGCUGGGUUAAAAAUGGAUAGGCUGUGUUUUGUUUUGGUUGUAACGGGUCUUUUGUUAUACAGCGCAGAAGAGAGCGUCAGUGUAUGCAGCCAACAAAUAAACUCAUCCUUUGGAACGAUACAGCCACCAAAAGGCCGGAGGAAUGUUAACUGUACAUAUGUGAUCAAUAACCCUACCGGAGAUCCAGUAAUAUUAAGAUUUCUUCAUGUCAACAUUCAAAAUUCACCAGGCUGUGUAAAGAAUUAUAUAGAGGUUAAAGAUGGUACAGAAAACACAGAUGAGCCAGUUAGAUUUUGUGGAAAUUCUAUUCCAAGACCUAUUUUUGCUGUCUCCGGUGUUUUGACGCUUACCUUAAUAUCUGAAUCACCUGUUGAUUCCAACACAUUCAAGGCAGAAUUUUACAGCUGUUCAGAUUGUAUAAAGAGGAUCAACAGUACAGACCAAUCAUUAGAGUAUUUCUCUGAUCCCAAUAGAGAACCAUUGGUCACAGAUUUUGUUUAUCUUAUUGAGAACGAUCGUCCAGUAAUACUGAAGUUUACAUCUAUUAAUUUGGAUAAAAGUAAAGAUUGUACAUUUGAAUAUGUCCAGAUUAAACGAGGAACUAGCUUUAACUCUCCGGAAGUGGGCACUUACUGUGGGAAUGACAUACCAAAACCUACGGUCCUACCUCCAGGACAAUUUUCUAUCGUAUAUCACACAGAAGAACCUUUCGGAAAUCAUGGAUUUACUCUUUAUUUCUACGAAGAUAAUAGUACGCAAUCCUUACCAAUUCCUAGUCAAGUUCUGGAAGGAAGAGGAAAAUAUGUCGAAGAGAGAACAUCAAAGACAGCUAUCUAUGUGAUCAGUACAGUUGGCUUUUGUAUUGCAACUGUCUUCGUGGUCAACGGAUUAAUUAUUUGGAAAAGAAGAAGCAGACAAAAGAGAAAUAAAGUCGAAACCGGUCUUGACAAGUAUGCCACGCUGCAGAAGAAAGAACAAAACCCUACAGCCGAUUAUGAGAACGAAAAUAUCAACAUAAUAUACAAUCCAAACUAUGUCGUAACAGGCAGUCCGGACCCUUGUGUUAUAACAAAAAUUGAAAACGUACACAGUUCUACCCCUAGUAUCCUUGACGACGACAGUGAAUCACCUUCUAACAACCAAUCAGUGAAGAGCAAUGGAGAUGCAGACGCAGACUAUGCUUUAGAAGAAGGCUCGUACUAUGUUUUAAAUAUCGCGUCCAAAAAUAAAGCUUUAGUGUCUGGUAAAAUGGAUGACAAAAAGGAGCGCAAAAAAUCACAAGAAUAUGCAGAUGUUGGAUUUGAGGAAGAUUCCCGUUUGCAUUCGAUGGAUACACCUGAUAAAAUGUUUGAAGGAGUAACAUUGAAGAUCAGUGAUAUUCAUCACAACCUAUAAGAGAAAGCAAGAAAAUCGAGUCUUUUCUCGUAAAUUACGUGUGCUGACGCUUUAAACCUUUGCAAAUCUUGGUACUGGUAGUCGCAUUAUAAAACAAUCUGUCUUUUGGUAAUUUUUAAACAAGGGUUAUUAAGUACAAAGUUUAGUAGCGAGUGAAAAAAAUUAGAUAGGAAUAAUUUAUAGAUACGACAAAAAUUAGAAUCUGCCAUGUCUUGAUUUUGAUAUAAAACAUGUUGUUGUCAUA